ACAGUUCAAAAUGAUUGCUUGAACAUGUGUUUUAAUUUUAAAGUUUGUAACAGUAGGCAGUAAGAUAAAUAAUAAAAUAAAAUCAAAAUGUCUUCUUAUUCUGAUAAUGAAACUGAUAAUGAGAGAAGCACUGUUUCUAGACUUGGUGACUGCGAAGUGUGUGGUUCAAAACAAGCUCUUUACACUUGUCCUAAAUGUGAGGUGAAGACGUGCUGCCUUGAUUGUGUUAGAAUACAUAAGAAAGAACUGAAAUGUAACGGCAUUCGAGAUCGUACUAAAUUUAUACGAAAGAAUGAUUUUAAUGAUACCGACUUGCUAAGCGACUAUAGGUUGUUAGAGGAAUGUGCGCGAUUUGUUUACUCAGUUAAAAGGGAUGAAAAGAAAAAGUAUACAAGGAUAGAUAAAGAGUUGCCACUUCAUUUGUAUAAACUUAAAAUGGCUGCUAGAAAGCGAGGUACAGUUCUACAAUUUCUGGCUGGCAACUUUACGAGACAUGCUAUAAACACAACAAAAUACCUAUUUAAAAAAAAUGUCAUUCAUUGGAGGGUAGAAUGGAUUUUUCCAAACGUUGUCACAAAGCCUUUGAAGUUUACUGAUGAGCUAUGUCCUGAACAAAAGAAGUUGUCUGAGCUUUUAGAUAAAUAUUUGAAUCCAGAUGCAAUGCCAUUCGAUGGAUCUAAAGACCUUGUUUUUUAUAAAUCUGCUGGAUUUAGUGGUGUCAAAGUUUUAUUAAAAGCUGAAAAAGUUAAAGGUUCGAAUAAGAAGUUCUUCGAGUUGGACACAACAGAAUCUUUAGCUGAAAACUUAUCUGGAAAAUGCAUUAUUGAAUUUCCAAUAAUAUUCGUUGUACUGAGGGAUCAUGCUUAUAAUUUUGAGAUAAUUACACCAGGUGAUGAAUUUGAUAUUGAGAGCAAAAAAAAUACAAAUGUCAUAGAAACAAACAAAAAAGUAAUUGAAAAAGUAAACACACCAAAAGUUAAUACAAAUGAUGGAAAAAAUAAAGAGGAUGCAAAGGAUGGUAAUUAUAGAAAGAGACAGAGAACUUUAUUGACAGAACAAAUCGCCAUUGAAAAGGAUAAGGAGAUUGAAAGAGAAAUUAGAGAAGAAAAGAAAAAGAGACCUAAAAACCUUCUUUUCACAACUGGUUACUCAUCAGAGGAGAGCAUAAGUAGUGGCAGUGAAGAUGAAAAUGAGAAAUAAAUAAUAUUAAAAUAAAA